AUGAUGGUCGAUGAGAACGACAACAGCAACGAGUACGCAUAUGAAAUAAUCAACAAUGAAAGAGAUGCACGUUUAUGUGCUCAACUUACUGCUGAAGAAUUUAAUGGACAUAAUCCAAUUACGUUUUUUGAUAAACUUACAUCAGACGUUUUAUUUCACCAACGUGCUUGGCCACUAUUAGCCGAUGUUGUCGAUGAACAAUUGUCCUUUCUUGCACGACAUCGACCUUCUGGUGAAAUUGUUGGUGCAGCCAUCGCUGGCGAUCUAUUUCUUGCACAUACCCAACGUCCAUACGAUGCUGAUAGUCCUGCACAUUUCCUUGCAAUUGGUGAUUUAUCUCAUGAAAUGAAUCAUCUGUUUAUUUCUCGUGGUUUUAAUCAAGAACUAAAGCCAAAUUCAGUUUUAAAUAUUGUUACUACUGCCGUUCGAGGUGAACAUUCUGGUCAAGGUUUAGCUAGUCGAAUGACUAGGGUCUUGUGUGAUCAUGCUCAAAAAACAAAAGGAUUUCAAUAUGCAUUCGUUCAAGCAACACAUCCAGCUGCACGGCAUAUUUAUCUGAAUAAAAUGGGUGGCAGACAAGUGAGCUUAAUUGAUCCAACGAUAUGGCGAUGGAAAAAGAAAGUUGAUCGACUAUUCUAUCCAUAUAGAGAUUAUUCAGAUGACUCGAUAGAAAAUAUUCUUAUCGAAUUAAUACGAGAUGAAAAAAUGCAAUAA